UUAUCAUCUCAGUAGACUACAGUGAGUUUAAAUUGCUAGACGUCGACUAGAGGUUUCGGUGAAGUUAAGUUGUAAAGGUAGUUAACGUAAAAUACAACUGAUGUAAAUUAUUAUUCAUAAUUUAUUUCCCGAGCUUAAAAAAAAUGGAUAAUGAAGAGAGGAUUGAAUUAAUAGAAGAAAUAAUCCCCGAAAUAGUCCACAAUCGUUGUUUUUGCGAUCCGGGAUCUCGCGAAUUCAUUGAAUUGGAUUCGGUAUCAAUUGACAAAGUUUCAGAGGGAUCUUCGGAAGUAAACGAUAAAAAAUGUGAAUUACUGCGUGGUAAAAUAGUGAUAAAAUUCUCUUCAGAGCCAAAAACAUUUUUCGUUAUAAUAAAAUUGCUCAGCCAGCAAGCGGCCGAGGAUGAUGAAGACUAUAAAUAUUUUGCAAAUGAAGAAAUGUUUUAUAACAAGAUGACAUUGGAAUACAAACUGGAUAUUUAUCCCAAGUUGUAUGUUGCUGACAUGGGUCGAUAUGGCCGUCCAAUCAUAGUUAUAGAAGAUCUUCAGGCUGUUUCCGGAUAUAGAUGCGUUCAUUCUAAAUUGGAUGAGGAUCACUUGAGGAUGUGUUUGAAGGCGAUUGCGAGGUUUCAUGGCCGUGGCCUCAGGCUCAAAUGCAAUAAAUUCAAUACGUUUCGAGAGUUCUAUGCCAAGUUGCUUCAUACAAACAACAUUUCGGAUUACAGUUUACACGUCAACCUCACCAACAAAGUGACGCAAUAUUUAGACGAGCAUCUGAACGUGGAUAGAAAAAUAUUAAAAUUAUUUGAAGAGUUUCAACAGGAGUCUGCAAAUAAAGACAAUGAAUUUUUAACAAUUUGUAAUGGAAGUGUAGACUUGAAUAAUUUAUUAUUCCGGUAUGAGAAUAGCAAGCCAACGGAUAUUAAAAUCAUAAACUGGGGGGCCAUGAGGUACUCUUCGCCGGUGAUCGAUUGGCAAAUUAUCGUCUCCAGUCAAAUUGGAGAAAAUCUUUCGAACGUUGACAUCCAAAGACUGCUUUAUGAUUACUUAACUGUGCUUGUUGAAGAAUGUCCUGGGAUAAUUGAUAAUGUCAAAUAGUUAUUUGCAAUUGACUAUUAUUUAUCUUAGACGGUCGUUUUAAUGUUGACUGACAUUUGAUGGGGAAUUUUAAUUGGAAUUACUUUUAUUUUUAACUAAAGUUCUCGUGUUUGACUGACCGAUUUUUUAAUUUAUUUUUUUAUAAAAAUUUAAAAAAUUGAAGAG